AUGGUGCAGAACAUCCGCCUGGGCCGCGUGCUCGUCAACGGCGGAAGCUCGAUCAACCUCCUCUUUGCCGACACAUUGGACGCCCUGCAGAUUUUGAGAAGCUCGUUGAGGCCAACCCCACCUUUCUUCGGGAUCACUUCGGGCUCCUCAACCAAGCCACUGAAGCAAAUCGAGUUGCCCGUCACUUUCGGCUCACCGGACAACUUCAGGACCGAAAGAGUCCUUUUCGAUAUGGCUGACUUCGAGACUACGUAUAACACGAUCCUAGGCCGACCAGUGAUGGCCAAGUUUAUGGGCAUUACCCACUACACAUAUCAGGCAAUCAAAAUAACUGGGCCAAUAGGGGACAUCACCGUUGCUAGCAACGCCAAGAUAGCCCUGCACUGCGACAAGAGGAGCCUCAACAUGGUCGGACUGACUCCCGGGUCGCAUCCCGUGACCACAGAACCCAGCAAGUGGCCGAAAAAAGUCCAUAUCGUCGCUAGCCCUGACGAUCAGCUCAAGGCAGUGAGUCUGGACGACACCAACCCAACCAAGUCGGUCUAG